AUGAGCCAAUACGCAAACUCAAGCCUACCUGAGUUUCCAUCCGACUUGAUUGAAGCAGUUCAACACGCCCACGAAGAAGCUGCCGGGGAAAGUGCCACCGAAGAGCCAUGCGUCUUUGUGCUUGCUCAUGAAAGCAUGCUGAGUAACGCCGAAUCAGAAUUCAUCAUUGAGGGUGUAUUAAGCACCCUAGACUCAGCGAACCAAAAAGUGAUGGAAUUAUUCAAGGAAUAUUAUACAGGCUAUCAGCGGUCUGACUUCUAUGCCCAAGGAACUUGGCAAAAUAUCGGAGAAAACUCCGUCGGCUGGUAUGUGUCGGGGAACGGGACAUUGGCUCUGGAAAUUCAUGAUAACGAGAGGAAAACUUGUCGAAUAUAUGCCGAAAAACACGAAAUUGAGUGA